UUUGGAGCUGCAUGCAGAAUGACCCCUCAGCGCAGCUGUACACAGGCGGGCUAGAGCGUCGAUGUGGCUCUACUUCAUCUAAAAAUUAGAUGAUGUCUGCAACCCACUGUAUAUUUAUGAGCACCUUUUGAUUUUGAUUUUUGAACUCUGCACCCUCAGUUGUGAUGUUUGUUGACAGUUUGCGAUGCCACGGAAAUCUGGACCAAUUGGUCCUGUCCAGUACCACUUUAGGGGGAGUAACAUUUUCUAUGUAGGGGAAUGAUAUCUACAGUUAGACCCUUUAUUUGGUGUGUCAAUGACAACAGAAUACUGGACAAAAGAAGAUAGCCUUGAGAAACUCCGAUUAGGCUGUACCCGAGAGGGUACCCGAGUAGGCCUAUUAUAGUCUAUUGUAUUGCACACCUCGCUGAUUUCUGCAUUUGUGUUCCGUACAUCAUUUCAACGUGCCAUGCUACACGAAGUUGCAAUAUAAUGGGAGACAUUUAGUCCAUAUUAUUAUCAUUCUUAACUAUAGCGGGACCAGAACUAUCAUCGUAAUACUUCCACCCACCAAAUCAAUAUGCUUCGCUCGACAGUUUUUGCCUUGCUUGCAAGAAGACCCAGAACCACUGGCACUUGGAGAUCUACACUUAAUAGAUCAACAAACAUUGGAAUACUGUGCAAUAGAAAACAAGGUCUUGCAAUUUCAGCAAAUUGUUCAUCCCAGCAACCUCAGGUCGUGGUGGUCACCGGCUGCUCAUCAGGCAUCGGUCUAGCCACGGCCAAUCUCCUGGCCAAGGACCGUGAGAGGAGGUUCAUCGUCUACGGAUCCAUUCUCGGCUCGCUCGACGAGGAGCAGACGUUCUGUGAAACAGCAGGGAACGCCCUCAACGAUACCCUCUUUCCUGUCCGACUUGAUGUGACCAAGGAUGAAGACGUCGAGGCGGCCGUUGCCAUGGUGAUGGAGCAACAAGGGCGCAUCGAUAUCCUAGUGAACAACUCCGGAAUCAAUACGAAGAAAACUAUGGAGACGAUGAGCAUGAGCGACAUUCUUGGGCUGUAUGACAUCAACCUGUUCGGCUAUCUUCGGAUGAUGAGAGCGGUCCUGCCGAUCAUGAAGAAACAGGAAUCGGGAAGGAUCAUCAAUAUGUCUAGUAGAAAUGCAAUUGAAGGAGCUCCGUAUAUGAAUAUCUACACUUCAUCCAAAUUCGCCGUUGAAGGGUUAAGUGAGGAGACGGCAGUUAUUGGACGAUUCUUCAAUAUAUGGGUCAGUUUAAUUCAACCGGGCGCCGUCAGCACACCCAUUAAUGAAACCAUGGUUUCUAGCGGUCUCGGUGGUUUGGGGUCAAAGAGCAUUUCAGAUAACCCGGAUGUGCACGAGAUUGAUCGCAAGUUGAGCAUGUACCGCGACCACGACUUGGAGUGGUCCAAAUGCCCUUCGAUCACGGCUGAGGAUGUCGCGCACGUGGUCCUUCGCGCUGCCACCGACGUCAAGCCGCACUUCCGAUACCAGACUCAAGAGGCAGUCGCGGCACUGGCGGAGCGAAAGUACCGGGAUCCUACCGGAGACGAGUUUAUUGACUACUCGGCCGAUAGAUUGAGACCAUUUUAUGGUAAGGCUGGACACGAGUAAGAUUCACUGGCUCCCAGUGAGACAAAGGCUAGAAUACAAAAUACUAUCCAUGACAAUCAAAAUCAAGUCAAAUUCAUGAUACUCAAAAUCAAGUCAAAUCAGGCUCCUAGCUACAUGUUGGAGAUGGUAUAGAAUGGAGGAAGCCUUAGAGACGUCUCCGCUCGGGAAAUGUUGACCAGACCAGUACAAAGUACCGCGGUGUAAAAGAUCAUGGAUUGCUGCCCCACUUGCCUGGAAUGCCCUAUCAUUGGACUUGGAAGUUGAGCUCAUCAAUUAGAACCUUUCAACAAAAAGUGAAGAUUAGUAGGGCGUACUGAUCAUGUUAGGAUUAGUAUCUGAGUGAGAAUAUUUUGUAUUACUUUUGGUUAUUAAUUUUCUGUAUGUUGACCAUUAAUUUUAUCGCCUUUUCAUUUUGUAAUAUCUUAGGGCGUGUUUAUGCUUAA